UCGAAUCGAACAAACCACCAAUAAAGACUAAAACAAAAUGGCUUUGGGUCAAAGCAACACAGAUAUAUUUAUAGAGGUGGGAAGUAAUACCCGACCUGACAGCAAGCUGCAGAAUUGCUGUGUCAAUCGUCAGAGAUUACAUUCCAUCAUAACAGGAAUGGUAAUAUUUUCCUAUGGCGGCAUGGACAUGGCUCAGAGCCUCGGCUGGAAUUUGUACACUGGAAUUGCAGACACCCAACAAUUUUCGUUCUGUUGGUUCAUUGGCGUCAUUAUUGGGGCUAUAUUGGGAGCAGCUGCAUUUAGCCACGUGCCCAAACUCUUCUUCUAUGUGAGUGAGAAAAUCAAAGACUAUCAAAAGAUUGUGUUUGACUAAUGCUCCUGUUCUAUCCAGGCCUUUGCAACUCUGCUGCAGCUGAUCGAUGCCAUUAUAUGUGUGAGUGCGCCAUAUAACUACGAUGCUAUGGUCGCAGCUCGAUACAUUGGAGGCAUUGGCAUUGGCUUCAUAUCGGUGGCCUUUAUCAUACAUAACGCGGAGGUGGCGCCAAACGACGCUCGCGGCAAGUGGUGCGCCGUGGAGCAGUCCGGCCUGGGCUUGGGCAUAGCCGUGCAGGUGAUCAUGGACUCGAUGUGGAACCCGGCCCUGCCUAUUGGCAACAAUCAAGUGCACGGCAUCAUUGGCAUUGCCUUUGCUAUUGUUGCCAUAGCUGUCCUGAUGCUCUCGGUGGAGUCGCCCAUCUUUUACCUGCGCCGCAAUGAUUGCGACAAAGCAAGUGAUUGCCAAUGGCAGCUGAUGGACAAAAAAGCAACUCCAAGUGAUCAGCGUGAAGCACUGGAAGAGAACAAAAGUUACGUCUCGGAGGGCAUACACGAGACCAUUGGGCACGAUCUAGUUGUUGCCAUUGUUCCCUUUAUCAAAAUGCUGCUCUGCCGCUGCCUCGUCGCAUUCAGCUUCUCGAUGCCGCUCACCCAGACAAUCAUAGCGAGCAGCGAAGCCUGGAAGGGCACUCUAUACAGCUGGCCCAUCAUCGUGUGGAGAAUUCUGCGUUGGAUCGGAACUCUCAUUUCCAUAUUAGUGAUGGACAAGCUGGGCCGCAAGCUCCUCGCCAUGCUAGGCCUUGUCUGCAUGGCCGGCCUGAUGCUGGGCAUGGCCGGCAUCUACUCCAACUACGCCAACACGCAGAGUCCAUACUACAUGGGGCAGGUAUGUCGCCUCUCCAUGGCCUUCCAGAUGUUUGCAGGCCUGUUCGUUGCGUGCACGCCCGCCUACAUGGGCGAGGCAUUCCCCAUGCGAGUCAAGCCCUUCUACGUUGCCCUCAUCGUGUGCAUCGAGCAACUGAUCCACAUCAUUGUGAUCGUCACCUUUAAAAAGAGUGCAGACAGCUUUUACAAAUACUAUUUGGGCGUCGGCAUUAUCCUGCUGAUAAGCAUGCUUAUCCUGUUGGUGACGCUACCAGAAACCACAAAGAUGACGUUACGAGAGGCUGGCCAUCGCUUCCGCCGCCUUCAUGACAUAACCUUUCAAAGCCCACUAGCGAGGAUACGACAACGAGGCAAACCUUUCAACUGA